UGCAUUUCCUCAACUUCCGCAGUUCUACUUCCUCAACUCUGCAACCCUUUCACCCCGACACUCUGCCAGACUUCCUUCCCUCUUUUGCAACCUUUACUUGUCUCUGGCCUGCUUCUUGGGAAGUGACCUCAGCUCACAUCUCUCUGCAAGAUGCCAGAGCUUGUGAAGGUAUGGCCCAAGUGCAGCAGCUUGUCCAAAAUCUGCAGCUGCUAAUUUGCACCCCACCUCUUCUCCCUUCAGCUGGUUUACAAACUGGCAGGGGAAACAGAAAUGUGAAUCCCCCAGUGGUUUGAACAUCUGAAGGGUAACAUAAUUAGCACACACUCAACGGAGAGAAGUUGCCAACAUGUACAACUCUGGAAGGUGUGACUCCUUUUUAUAACAGUGAUUGUGCUGAUCUAGCAUUUGAUCUAACAUUUCCUGUUACAGAAGGUUGUCUAUAUAACUCAGGAAAUCCUCCUCUUUAUCAGAUACUAAUGCACUUUAUAGCAUAUAAAGAGAGGGUGAGAUGGAAGCACUCCACACGAAACAAACAUUAAAAUGAUUCAUGGUGUAACCAGGCUCUCUUGGAGGAGGACUUGAUGUGAUUUAAGUGCUUAAUCAGCUUCUAGGCAUUUGUGGCAUUUUGGGACUUGUCCUAUGCAGAGAUGGACUCGGGAUUCUGCAUUUCCCUUUUUGUGUGUGCAACUUUUCUGGACCAGAUAUCAGGAGAAGCAGCCAAGCAACACUUAGAUGAUGGCACGGAGCAUGAUGUGGAGACAGCCAUGAAGAGUUUUGAGAGGCACCUGAAAGCAGGAUGUGUCUCCGAAAGGAAGGAGAUAAUGAAAGCCAAACAAAAUUUGGAGAAAACCUUGCUGCAAGCCAGUUUCCCGGGAAAGAAUCUCACUGUUGUACACAAUGAUAUUAUAACUUUAAUAUUCAGGAUAAACCCAAGAGAUUUCAGAGGGCUGAGUAUCAGCAGUGACAACGUAAUGAGCAACAUGUCCCUGAAGAACCAAACCCGACAUGCCAUGCAUUUCCCAACUGAGCUGGUGGAGAGAGCCCAGGGCACAUCUGCAAAGGAGAUGCGACUUACCUGCAUUUACCUGAAAACCUCUUGCCUCUUUCAGGAUGGAAAGACCCACUCCCUGCUGAAUGAUGACAUCGUAGGGGCCACCCUUGGAAACCUGAGCAUUACUAAUCUCACUCAACCAGUGGAGAUCAGGUUUUGGCACAACCACACACUGGCCGCUUCCAAUGUGACCUGUGUCUUUUGGUUAGAAGGAACAGAAGAGGGCAGUGUGGGGAACUGGAGCCAGAGGGGCUGCAAAACUAAUACAAGCUGGGAGGGCAUGGUUCUGUGCCAGUGCAAUCACCUCACCUAUUUCGCUGUCCUCCUGCAAAUCUCCCCAGCUACUCUGGAUGAAGGUUUAUUGGUUCCUUUAACCUAUAUCACUGAUGUAGGCUGCAGUAUCUCUGCUUUUGCUUGCCUGCUCACCAUCUUCUUACACAUUUUCUCCAGGAAAAUCCAGCAUGAUUCCACAAGAAAGAUCCACAUGAAUCUUCUGGGGGCACUUUUCCUUCUCAAUAUGUCAUUCCUGGCCAGCAAGUUCCCAGUACCAGUUCACUGGUUAUGCACAGUUGCUGCUAUCUUUCUCCAUUACUCCUUGCUCUGUUGCUUGACCUGGUUGGCCAUUGAAGGCUUCCACCUCUACAUACUCAUGAUCAGAGUCUACAACUCGUACAUAAGACGCUACCUGCUCAAACUCUGCUCCGUUGGCUGGGGGUUCCCUGGCUUAGCUGUGAUGAUCACCUUCCUGAGCAGGAACAGUAUUUACGGCCUCCAUGUUAUCAAAACCAGCUCUGCUUACAGCAACAGUACCAUGUGCUGGAUCACAUCCCCCAUAGUACACCACCUCAAUCUGAUUUACUGCAGUGGUAUCAUAGUCUUCAAUAUGGCUGUCUUGACCUUGGUGGUGUGGAGGCUGAGGCAGCUCAGAGCCAACCCUCAUCAGCACGAAGGGCAUUUCUGUAAGGACAUGGUGACAGUUCUUGGGCUGACCUGCCUCCUGGGUGCAACCUGGGCCUUGGUGUUCAUCUCCUUCGGGGUGUUCUCAGUUCCACAGAUCUUCCUGUUCACUAUCCUCAACUCACUUCAAGGUGUUUUUUUCUGCCUCUGGUACUGCACCGUGAGGUCCCAUUCACAGGAAAAUCCCUCAACAAGGUGCUCUCAUUCAUCUCAAUGACUGCAGCACCGCAUGGCUAGUGAAGCCAGUGGACAAAAGGACGCAGAUUAGCACCUUGAAGAUUGCACUGGAAUACAAAAGGACCUGACUGCCUUUGUAAGUGCAUGAAGUGCAGAAAUGGCAGUGCCCAGCGGUGGGCUAGUAUUGUUCCCGGAUCCAUUCAUGAAAUUUAUUGAGUUUUGCCUUCCAAAAUGGAAUCGUCACAGGAGGAAGAAAUGAAAAUAUAAAGACAUGGACUAAAUCAGGGAUGGGGAAUUUGUAGCCCUCCAUGUAUUGUUGGUCUCCAGCUCCCAUCAACCUCAGCCAGCAUGACCAAUGGCCAAAGGUAAUGGGAGUUGUAGUCCAACAACAUCUAGAGGGCCACAGUUUCCCAGUUCCCAGUCUAAACGCUACAUAGCUGCAGACAGAGCUUGGCAAAGUUACUUUUUUGAACUACAACUCCCAUCAGCCCCAGCCAGCAUGGCCACUGGAUUGGGCUGAUGGGAGUUGUAGUUCAAACAAGUAACUUUCCCAAGCUCUGGCUGCAGAAGACAUGGACGCUGGUUACUUAUAAUGUAAUCUUCUACAUGUCUACUCACAAGCAGGUCCCAUUGUGUUAAAUGGGACAUACUCCCAGGUAGCUGUGAAGAUUGCAGCCUGAAUAGUUUGCCUAAUGCACUGACAGGUUCUCUUCUUCUCUGCCUGUCCUCUGCUUCACAAGGACUUUCUGUGCCCUGAAUAGAACUAGAGAUUGGGGGGUGGGGAGAGGAAAUGCGUAGUUCAAAGCAUACUGCAGGUUACAUCAUUCUGGUGUAGUUGUAGCUGAUACGGGCAACCAGGAUGAGACUGCUGUAUUAAAACUGGAUGGCAUUGAUGUCUGGAUUUUUGGUUAAAUUGAGUGAACAAAUAAUGGCAGUUCUGGAGGCUGGGGGGGAUGGCUACUGUGGAGUCACCAUAUGCUGCUGUGGUUCUGAUGAUUACUUGCUGUUCCUUUUCUUUGUUAUGUUUGACAUUUUUAAUAAUUUUUUUAAUUACUGUAGUGAGCCACCUUGGGGAGGGCUCUGUUACAGAGCCGAAUAGAAAUAUCUUAAUUCAUAAAAUAUAAUUAUAAUUAAAUAAUCUAUGGAGACACUUUACACCUGGCCCCUGAGGGAGGGAGUAUCCCAAUUCCUGACCCACAUGGUGUCAUGAGUAGGAUCCAAAGUCCAAAGGGGCCCAUUGUGUCCCUCAUGCCUUGACUUUGGAAAAUGUCUUCAAAUACUGGGCCAACCUGCAGACACAGUUUUGUUUUC